CUCAAAAGUGAACAGGUGCUAAACGUUUUCACUUAAUUUUGUUUCAGUUUCACGCAAUUUCGGUCAAAUAAUAAAGUAAAAAUAAGUAAAUAACUAAAACUCCUAGUGACUUAAAAGUACUCCUAUCAGCACAUUUUUAGCAUUGUGCAAUAUCUGUUCUCCUAAAUAAAUUAGGUGAUUAGCACUACUGAAUAAACCAUCGAUCGAAUUCCAGCACAUCAACAUGAAACUUAAACUCCUAAUUCUAGCUCUUUCAGUUGUGGCCGUUAGCAACGCUUUGAGAUGCUAUGAUUGCGAUCCCACUACAGACGGCCAAUGCACAACGCCCGAAAAAGAUAACACAAAGACUACAGUUUGUGAAGAAGAUGACGGUGCCACAAUACCACCCACAUAUCUUAAGAAACUGAUUAACGACAUUGACAAGACGGAGAUUGAGACUAGAGUGACUAAUCGGGCCGAAUUGCAAUUCGAAUGUUUCACCAUGUUCUACGAAACAGAGGAAGAAGGUGAAACAUCUGGAGUCUACAGAGGCUGCAUAGAAAAGAGUAAAUACAUUGAUUCAUCUUGCUCAUAUCUCGAGGAAUGGCUGAACAAAGGCAACGUAAGUUGCCAAACUUGCCCCGAUGACAAGUGUAAUGAUGAGUAUGUCGGUGGUGCCGCAGCUUUGACAGUGUCUUUAGGAAUUGUCAUGCUCAAUUUAUUACUUUGUGUGAAAGUGUUUACCUUUUAAUGUGGAGUAUUAGAAAGUGACGUCAGUACUUGGGCAGUCAGAUAUAUAACUAGUUACGUAAAUUGUUUGUUAGUCACCUUUAUCGUCAGAAUUUGUAUCGCGUCAUUUAAUUUAUAGAUAAAAGUAUUAGAGUAAGUAUUUGUACUGAGAAAUUUUUAAGAGGUGUUGUUUUUUUAUGACAUUUUGUCAAUUAAAGUUGAUAUAAUUUUUA